CAAAUUUUUAUAAAUUGAAGCAAAUGAAAAAUUCUGACAUUAAAGAAAAUUUCUCUAAUUUUUCUCAAACAGCACAAACUGGAGAGACAACAAAAAUUAAUAUAACUGAUAAAGGUGUUGCUGAAAUGUCAGCAACAAAUUUAGCAGCAACAUUGAUAUUAACAACAGAUCAAACAAAUCAAACAAAUCAAACCUUAAAUGCAACGGCGACAACAAAAUUUUCAUUAAACAACAUCAAGCAACAACAAAUUAAUGAAGCACCAAAAAAUAACAUUGAUGAUGUUGCAGUUGAUAAUAAUGUCAUUAGCCAUAAUUCUGUUGAGCAGCAGCAGCAGCAGCACCAACAGCAGCAACAGAAAAUAGAAAGAGAAAUAUUAAAAGCAGCUGAAACAGUAACAGUAACAAUACCAUCACAGCAACAUGAGGAAGAGCAGCAAAUACAUUAUUACAAUAGCAAGAAGACGAUAGAUUUUAAUAGUCGUCGUCGUCGUGGUCGCCUAAGGUUAGGCAAUGAUGGCAAUUUGUUGUUGCCAAUGUCAACAGUAAACGAACAACAACAGCAGCAACAACAACAGCAACAGCAACAAAUUGUUGCAGCUAUAAUGACUGCAAUUAGCAUGCCAACAGGCUUGUUGUUGGCAUCAUGUGCAUUUGCUUGGAAAAUUGCUUUACGUACAAAAUUGUUGGUAUUAUUGUUGUUAUCGUUAAUAGUUGAGAGUGUAUAUAAAACCAAAUUAUUAGUAUUAUCAGCAACAUGUCGUUUAUCGGACAACAUAAGAGCAACUAAAAUAGUUGUUGACAUAGACUCAAAUGAAAACAUAAACUCAAACUCAAACUCAAAUUCAAAUUCAAAUUCAAAUUCAAAAUCAGUCACAACAGCUUCAGCUUUAGUUAAAAACUUAGCUACGAUAAAUAUGAAUUCGGCCUAUGCUACGAAUAAAAAUGUUAUGAAAAUCGCUAAAAAUGCAACAAUUGCAACAAUUGCUACAGUUAAACGACAGCAGCAGCAGCAGCAGCAACAUAUUAUAAUUGAGAAAAGCAAAAAAAUGCAUAAUAAACGCUUAAAUAAAAAUUUAUUAUCAUUUGUUACUGGUACAAUAAAAGCCAUCACCUCAUAUAUCAGUGCAAACAAUAUGCAAUCUAUUGUAUUUGCCUUCAUAUUGUGCACAUCCAUUUUACUUCCAUGCAGUAGUAAUGUCGUUUCAGCUGCCAAACCGAAAUCAGCAACACAACUGCAACAACAAAAGCAGCAUCAACAUCAACAUCAACAUCAACAUGAAUCUCAACAAGGUAUUGGCAUGGCAUAUGAUCAUGGUCAUGGUUUUGGUGGUGCUGGUGGUGGUGGUAGUGGUGGUGUACUAACUCCACCAUCAUAUCAGGUGAUACCAUCGCAAACAUCGAAUGAUGAUACCGAAUUUAUGUAUCCAUCUUCGCAAUUUGAUGAUGCCAUUUUUGAAGGAGGUGAAUCAGACGAAGAAGAAGAUGUGAAUGAAAUGAAUGAAAAUGCAUCAUAUGAGACGCACAAUAACAAUGAUACACAUUACGGCAAUAAAACCAUUGACAUAAAAACUCCACUCUUCCCCAAGGAUCUAUUUACAAAGGAACAAUUAGAACGUGGCGCCGUCAUAUGUCAUAUAAUUGGUGUGAUUUAUAUGUUUGUUGCAUUGGCAAUAGUCUGCGAUGAAUUUUUCGUGCCUUCACUGGACGUGAUCAUCGAGAAACUUGACAUCACCGACGAUGUUGCCGGUGCUACAUUCAUGGCUGCCGGCGGCAGUGCACCCGAACUAUUCACAAGUGUUAUUGGUGUAUUUGUCUCAUUCGAUGAUGUUGGUAUCGGUACAAUUGUCGGCUCAGCUGUAUUCAAUAUACUAUUCGUUAUUGGCAUGUGCGCAUUAUUCUCCAAAACUGUUUUAACCCUUACGUGGUGGCCACUAUUCCGCGAUUGUACCUUCUACAGCAUCAGCUUACUGGUUUUAAUCUACUUUUUCCGGGAUAGCCGUAUUUACUGGUGGGAGGCGCUCAUCCUGUUCUUCAUCUAUAUUGCUUAUGUGACCUUCAUGAAGUGGAACGUGCAAGUGGAGCAGUGUGUGAAGAGAUUGAUAACGAAAAAUAAGGUGACUCGCGUCAGAAGUACAGAUCAGCUUAUGCCAGCAGGCAACGCCGCCAAUUCAUCCGAAACCUCAAUGGCAACACAGCCGGGUGGAUCAGUAACAUCACGUGCUGCAUCAGAGACACGUUCGGGACCGCCAGGAUCAAGUAGCGGCGCUGGUACCACAGGUAAUAGCAGUGGUGGAACCGCUGGUAGUACACAGACCGGUGCAAAAUUCCGUCAUGGCCUAUUGCAGCUUAUGAUACACACUAUAGAUCCGCUACACGAUGAUGAUGUUCCAGGCAAGGUGGACGAGAAGGCGACACAACUGCAUGCGAUCGCAUCACUCAAGGUACUCUUGGACGCAACGAAACCACAACGCGGUGGCGCCACCACAUCAGCAGCAAAUCAUGUGAAGAUCAAUUUAAAGGAAACAACCCUGGCUGAUCGUCCAAAUGGCAACAUCGAUACUACCUUAGAUUCGCCAUCCUUGAGUGGUCGUCGUCCAAGCUGGAUUGAACAGAGGGUCAAAAUUCAGACGCGAAAAUUUAGCAUCAAAGCCAACGAAAUUGAAGAUGAGCCUGAGCCAUUGAGUAUGGCCUGGCCAGAUACUGCCCGCAAGAGGCUCACCUACAUAUUAGUGGCACCUUUACUCAUACCAAUGUGGCUAACAUUACCAGAUACGCGCACACCACGUGGCAAAAAGUACUUCCCGAUUACAUUUAUUGGCUCGAUAUUAUGGAUUGCUGCCUUCUCCUAUUUAAUGGUUUGGUGGGCGAACGUGGCCGGUGAUACGGCACGCAUUCCACCUGAGGUUAUGGGCUUAACCUUCCUCGCAGCAGGCACUUCUAUACCAGAUUUAAUAACAUCUGUUAUUGUGGCUCGCAAAGGCUUUGGUGAUAUGGCAGUUUCCAGUUCAGUUGGUAGUAACAUUUUUGAUGUAACCGUUGGUCUACCUAUACCAUGGUUACUGUUUGGCAUAUUCUAUAGUGCACCAGUCGAGGUAAAUUCUGUGGGCAUGGUCUGCUCUAUAACGAUUCUCUUCAUGAUGUUGGUAUUUGUGGUUAUGUCGAUUGCGUGUUUCCGUUGGCGCAUGAAUAAAGGACUCGGUUUUACAAUGUUUUUGUUGUAUUUCGUUUUUGUUGCUGUUUCACUAAUGUUUGAAUAUGAUAAAAUAAGUUGUCCAGUGUAAAAUGAUCAACAAAAUUUAACAUUAACAAAACACGUAAUCAAAUGAUAAAAAAAACAAAAAUUAAUUAUAUAACUUAUAUACAACACAAACAAAAAAAUAAAUUUCAAAAUAUAUAUAUAUUAGCUAUAUGUACUUAAGAAAAACUAUGUAACGAAGCCCAUAUU